UCUUCCUGCUUUGCUCACAAACUUCCUCCCCUCCUCGAUCCGCCCUAACCAACCCUCUCUCUCACUCUUCAGUCGCCCUCGCUCUUCCUCCUCCCCCUCUGCCGUUUCCUCAGGCACUCGGUUUGCGAAAUGUGCUUUGACUUUUGAAGAUCAAGAUACCACGAGACGUUCGGCGAAUUGGAAGCCUAGUGUUUGGGACUAUGGCUCUGUGCAGUCACUCAAUGCUGAUUUCGCGGUGGAUAGAUAUACAGAGCAAGUUCAAAAGUUGAAGGAAGAAGGCAAGGGUCUAUUCCACAGGGAGAUGAAUUAGGUGGCCAAGCUCGAGUUCAUUGAUGUGGUUCAAAGAUUAGGACUAGGAUGCCAUUACGAGACGGAGAUCAAUAACGCUCUCAGUUCCAUCUAUAACAACACUUAUGGAUUGACUGCACUAUAUUGAAGUCUAAUUUAGCCAAUCGUAGCAAAGAAGGGAUCCUGUCUUGCUGUUUCUCAUACAUGUGCAUGAACCACCAAGCCUCCAAACUGUUUGGCCUCCAGUGGAUCGACAUAUUUAUAACAACACUGAAGAUGUUCAGCUUUUGGACGAACUGUAUGCUGUUUCACUUCGAUUCCAGCUACUUAGGCAACAUGGAUACAACGUACCGCAAGGUAGUCGCCACUGGCUAUCCUUUUGCGAAUAAUGUUGACACAUCAAGAUUUAUCUUACCAUUCCUUUUGUUGGACGUACAGGUGUGUUUCAAAGGUUUAUGAACAAGAAGGGUAUGUUCAAUGAAUCGCUCAAGAAGGAUGCGAGGGGGCUUCUUAGUCUUUAUGAGGCUUCUUUCCAUGGAUUGGAAGGUGAAACCAUAGUUGAUGAAGCUUGGAACUUUGCUUCAAAGCAUCUAAAGGAUCUAAACCUCGACGAAGUUCCUGCUAAUCUAGCGAGGCACGUGAGUCAUGCAAUAGAUAUGUCGAUCCACUGGAGGCCAAACCGGUUGGGAGCUCGGUGGUUCAUGCACAUGUACGAGAAACAGCAAGACAAAAUCCCUUCUUUGCUACAAUUGGCUAAAUUAGACUUCAAUAUAGUGCAGUCAAUCCAUAAGAAGGAAGUCAGCAACUUGGCAAGGUGGUGGGUUGAACUUGGAGUGAAUAAGAUGACCUUCUGUAGGGACAGGCUAGUGGAACACUAUUUUUGGUGCUGUUCAAUGGUUUUUGAACCUCAAUAUACAGCAUUCAGAGAAAUGACGAUGAAGCUCACUUGCAUGGUAACACUUAUCGAUGAUGUUUAUGAUGUGUAUGGGACAUUGGAAGAGCUUGAGGUCUUAACAGAUUUCAUUGUGAGGUUCGUGUAAUAUAAUCACCUCCAUCAUUUUCCUUCAAAACUGUAAUUGCCAAGAACAAAGAGAGGGAAUUAUUAAGUCUAUGAAUGACGUUAGGGAUAGGAUUAUAUUGUAUGAAUUGAAUUUUUCAAUGUGUUUUGGACACAUAAUUUUUUAGUUAAGCUUUUUUUCCUCUAUCUGGUUGAUUUGAUUGAGCUAAUAAAGUAAUCACAAGCACUAGUUUUCAUCAUUGUUACUAAAAAGUAUUUUGAUUGACGGUAAAACCUUUAAAACUGUUAAAAUUGUGAUAUUUUGUCUAGGUGGGACAUCACGGACGUUGAUAAACUUCCUUUGAUAAUAAGGGCUUGUUUCCUAGCCUUAUACAACACGCCAACGAAAU